CUGCAGCUGUCUUACUGUUUCACGUUUCACCCUCGCAAGAAUCACCAACUCAGAGCUAUAAAGUGUUGGAGGUUCCGGUGCACGUCCCCCGCAGAUAUCCGUCUUGCUCAUCAUGCCUCAAACCCCACAGACUCUCUCUGUGGACGACCACGGCACCAACCUGGCAUACUUCGACAGCGGUGUGCCAUCCUACGCUUCUCCCUCCGGCAGUCGAUACACCACCAUCUUCGCCAUUCAUGGCAUGACUUUCUGUAGUCCCGUGUUUGAGAAGAUGGCCUCUGUGUCGGGCCCUGCGGGGGUGCGCUGGGUGUCAAUUCAACGCAGAGACUAUCCUGGCUCUACACCCUUCUCUAAAGCCGAAUUGAACGUCCUCAAGAGCGGAACCGACGAAGAGAAGGCUCAGCACGUGCGCGACCGCGGUGUCGAGAUCGCUACCUUCAUCGACAAGUUCGUCCAACAGAACGGACUGCCCCCGCCGGACGAAAAAGGGAACGGCGGUGGGUUCGCCGUCAUGGGAUGGUCGCUCGGAGCUCUGUACGCGCUUGCCACGGCUGCGAAUGUGGACGCUCUUGGAGAUGCAGAAAGGGCUCGUUUCGCUCAAUACAUGCGAUCACUUAUUCUGCUUGACGCAGCAUAUGGCGCUAUCGGGUUACUCCCACCGCCUAAGAUGUGGAAUCCAUUCCUGGACGAGAGCAUUCCGCCUCGCAGGCGUGCACCUAUGUUUAACUACUGGGUUACCGCAUAUUUUGACCAUGGCGACCUGAACAACCGCGACUUCAAUACUCUCGAAUACGUCGUCCCCUCGCCGACGCGGAUUCCUAGCAUCCACAACUUGUCUGCGGAGCAGCGUGCAGCAAUCAUAUACAACGAUUGCGUGCGGACAAGCGACGGUCCUUUGACGUUCUGUGUCCCACAACUGCGCGAAUCGUAUGAGAAGGCCAUUUUCGACAAGAAGACUAGAGAAAUUUUGCCGAAUAUGAAGGUGUGGGCGCUCUUUGGCGACCGUACGUCGACGUUCUCGUUGCCGACCAUGUUUACCAUGGAAGAAGACGACAAGGCUUACGGAGGUGGGAAUGUGCGCUUCCGCUUCAUCAAGGGCGCAAACCACGUCAUGCAUUGGGAUGAACCCGAGCUCACGCUUGAGGCACUACUGGACGCGAUGGCAUAGUCUUCUGGCGCGGCGAAGCCAAUCUCACGACCUCAAUGACUUAAGUGUCUGCUACCACCUUACACAUAUAUCAUUGUCAGCUGCAGACUCAUGCGUACUUGCCAACUAUAAAGGACAGUAUUUUG